AUGGCGAGGUCAACACUCACGUGGCUGCGCGCAGCUGCCAUAGCUGCCCUGGCUACGCAAGCGAUUGCUCAGAAAUGCUGUAAGAUAUCCUGGCUCGCGACAAAGAAACAAUUAUUCACUCUACCAGACUAUCCCAAUGGAAGCGAGGCGCCUAAUACCGAGAAGCCAUGUUCGAAUGCCAAAGGCGGUUCUUCUUGUUGCCCAGACACGUGGGAAUGUCUCGACAACGGCUUGUGCCAUAAUCCCAACGACGAUAUCUAUGGACGCUACAGCUGUACCGACAAGGACUGGAAAGCACCGGGCUGCGCGUCGAACAUGUGCACAUACGGUGGAACAGCAGGUGGAGGAGAAGCUCUAACGCAAUGCUCAAACCACGACGACCAGUGGUGCUGCAAUGCCGACCGCAUUCAUGUAAACUGCUGUCAAGAGUCUCCCCAGCCGCGUCCUUUCUUCCAGCUUCAAGACGGCAAGGCGUACGCGACAAUUGGUCGUAAUCAGGCCGCGAACCAACCAAACGUUGCGACCUUCACUGGUCUUGCGUCUGGCUCAGGAGGCAGCUCGCCCUCGAAGACUUCUGCGCCCGUUUCGUCUGCUGCAGCUACCACCGCGCCGCCUUCGUCAUCCGCGACACCUUUUGAGUCGACUAGUGUCAGCGUCUCUUCUGGACCUGCUGGCUUCAUAACGGUCAGCAGGGUCAUCACCGUAACGCCGUCUGCGGACCCUUCCGCCAGCGCUGCCAGCUCUGCCAACACGACCGCUCCGUCUGGAGGUGGCGGCUCAAACUCGAAGCUCGGCGUCAUCAUCGGUUGCGCAGUCGGUAUUCCGCUCGCUCUUGCGCUUGCCGGUAUUAUCAUCUGGAUGCUGCGCAAGCGUAGUACGCAAAAGUCAAGCGCGUACAAGAACUCGCCAGAGCUGGAUGGCAACAGCGUCGACUCACCCGGAUUCGCUGGGGGCGCUGCCGCGAGGCAGGAGAAGUACAGGCACUCGCGACCAGGAACUACUGAAAUCGAUGGUGCCCCCGCCGGUCCCGGUCGCCCCAUUUCGAACAUCCCAGGACGCGCCGAACUCGACUCUGGAACAGGAUUUCAGGCCGGUCACAACGCAUACGCACCGGAUACUGUUGGUCUUGGAGGCGGCAACGGUGAUGGGCGAUCAACAUAUAGCAGCGCGCCACCUGGCUACUCUCCCGGCAUGGCGCAGACUGGUUUCCACGCGCACAACGCCUCCGAGCUGGACGGCACCAGCGUGAUGCCUGUAAUCAAUGAGAAGGCAGAGGCCCCGCAGCAAUACCAGGCAUACAAGCCGCCGAACCCAGCAGCGGCGGAGCUGCCGACUGUGAAGACGCCACCAGAGGAUGUGGAGAAGCAGUUGUAA